CCGGGUGUGGAGCGUGGCAAUCCGUGAAAUACAGCCCUACUGGGAUUCGUACACGAUCGAACUAGCCUUUGCUGGUUGCUUGUUGAGUUUGCAUAUCAAACGAACUCGGAAUUAAAGAAGAGUUCUUACCAGAUCGAGCGGCUCUGAAGAUACAAGUGAAGGAACAGCGAACAGGAAGCAGGCAGCUGUGAAGAUGUCAUCUUGCGACAAUCUGUCGGAGAAGGAGCGGGAGCCCAGCGCCGGUCCCCACUCCUACCGCCGUAACGGUGCCCUCGGACCGGGCCGACUGAGCCGCUCUGUGGAGGAGACCCCCAGCGAGUCCCGGCGACCCCUGCGACCGUCACUCGCCGUGCAGAGUCGCAGUGUUGACUCCUCCCCGGUGAGCGCGCCCGGUCAGCGGCGAGGGGUGUCCUUCCAGCUGCCCGAGUCGCGUGCCUCGGCAGUCAGCCGGGUGGCCGCGCUGGCCCAGCGGGUCAAGCAGCUGGCUGUCUCCGCUGCGGCCUCCAGUGGUGGUCAGACCAAGCCCGAUAAGGCCCCCAAGAGGAUCCUGCGCCAGCCGGUGGUGCACGUGUAUGUGCGCGGAGCGUCCGGCCUGCCUACCCAGAGGGUUCCUCUGGCUGCCGUGUAUCGUGUGUCCAGAGACUUCAGAGCCUCAUCAGUGUCAUAAUCUGGCCGAAAGAGAGCCACCCAAAGUUCCUAGGCUCCAUCUCAAGUGGCUGUGUUCAAGGCGCUCGUGCACAAGAUGUACCGGAAUAGAGCCAUGUGCGGUAUGCAGAUGUAUUCAAAGUUACCUGUGUAUCCUGUAGGUAGUCUUGUGUAGUGUCGACGAACUCGUCAUCUAUGUCCUAUCAUCUGACGGUGACGCUUGUCGUCUGCUGUAUCUCUUCUGUCAUGUCUAGCAAAUACCUCGCAAGUGUCGUCUCGAAAGUAUUACGGUAUACCUAACUGUAAGACCUUUUGAUGUACAUAUCUCAAUUGAUGAUGUUCAAAGAUGUGUUACACGCCUCACUGAAACGUAUCAGCUUCAGCCAACCGAAUGCAUAUUGUUGUCACCCUAUCAUGUUCA